AUUUCUAAUUGUGCCUGGUAGAUCGCCACAGUUACUCAAAAAUAAUCGUUAGAAAUGAUCCUCAAAUGGGGAAUUGUCGGCGCCGGUAGGAUAUCUCACGACUUCGUCGCCUCCCUGACGGUGUUUCCGAUUUCGGAUCAUCAGGUUGUCGCGGUGGCGGGAGGUUCCAAGGAUAGGGCCGAUAAAUUCGCUGCGGAUCAUGGAAUUCCUAAGUCCUACGAAGGAUACGAAGGCCUGGCUAAGGACGAGGAUGUAGACAUCGUCUACGUCGGCAACCUCAACACUCAGCACUUCGAUACAACCAAGCUGAUGCUCGAACAUGGAAAACACGUUUUGUGCGAGAAACCAUUUACUCUGAAUGAAAAACAAACGCGAAGACUAGUCCAAAUAGCGAGGGAAAGGAAACUAUUCCUAAUGGAGGCGAUCUGGUCCCGUUGCUUCCCGGCUUAUAAGGAAAUGAAAAGACUUAUUGAUAGCGGAGCUAUUGGAGAUGUGCUCUUCGCCUCUUUGCACUUUGGUCUCGCUCUGCAGCACGUUGAUAGACUGACCGAAUUGAAUAUGGGAGGAGGCGCAAUCCUCGAUCUAGGAGUCUACAUCCUCCAGUUCCAGCAGUACAUCUUCAGAGGCUUGACCCCCGUCAAAAUCGCCGUCAACGGCCAUUUAAACAAAAGCGGCACCGACGAAUCCUGCGGCGCCAUCAUCACAUACCCUGGCGGAAAGAUGGCGAUGGUAAGCACUUCGGCUAGGGUUAGUUUGCCCAACGAGGGUAUAGUUGUUGGAACUAAGGGCACUUUGAGACUGCCCGAUUUUUGGUGUCCGGAUAGACUUAUUACGCCCGAUGGGGUGUUGGAGUUUCCAUUUCCGAAGACUACACAAAGUUUCCUGCACAAGAAUAGCGUGGGGUUGUCUUACGAGGGGGAAGAGGCGAGGCAGUGCAUUAAGGCGGGCAAACUAGAAAGCCCGUGUAUUACUCAUGAAGAAUCUAUUGAACUAGCCAGGCUAAUGGACUAUUUGAGAAAGGAAAUGGGUGUAGCUUAUCCUGAGGAUUUCCAGGACAUUUAAAUGGCCUCGAGAACAAGCGUUAAGGGUUUGGCGAAUCUGAUGUUAGCAUUUCCUUUUCCUUCACUUUAGUUGGCAUAAUUAUGUAUAUAUCUUGAAAAUGUAUAUUACAAUUUAGUGACUGGAAAUAAAUAUAAUGUUUCUGUUAAA